UUUCGAAAAAUUUGAAGUGAGUUUGUGUUAUAAAGUUAUCUGGUGAUAAUCCUUAUCAAAACAAACAUGUCUACUGUCGACUUCAGUCGAGCCCAAUACUACUAUUACGGGCAAGAACCCACCAGUGUAAAUAUUAAAAUGGAGCAAUUAGAGCCCCAGAUGCACACCGAGGAUUACUACGGAGGCUUUCCUACAGCGGUCAACGGUCAAAGCUUAUCGGCCAUAUCAAGCAUGAUAGCACCACAAGGGUACGAAGCUUCAGCAAACUAUCCGGAUAAUUGGAUGACUCCAUCGCCCUCCAGUUUCGGAUCAGAAAGCCCGGAUUACUACUCGAUAAGCUCACCGGCCUUUAUUGAUGUUGAGGAGUGCAAGGAAAAUCUAUUGAAACAAGCCUCUUCACAACAAAUGCUUCCUCUGUCGCCAUCCCUCCUCACAUCGCCACCGAUCCUGACACCCACAAUCAAUCUUCCGGUUAAAAAACGUCGAUCUGCCAAAGCAAAACCAGCCUCGGUCGCCAUGGAGACACAAGCCACCCUCACCACAAAUCUAUCGUGCAGUACUCUGAUCUACUCCAAAACCGGAUCGAACACGUCUACUGCGGCAAGCGCCGUGGGUAAGCGGAAGCGGAAGCCUGUUUCGCUGCAAAUCAAGAAAAAGCGCCGCCUAGCUGCGAAUGCUCGCGAGCGGAAACGCAUGCAGAGUCUGAACGACGCGUUCGAUCGGUUGCGCCAAUAUCUGCCCAGUCUGGGCAACGACCGGCAACUGUCCAAACACGAAACCCUCCAGAUGGCGCAAACGUACAUAACGGCAUUGUGCGACCUGCUCCAGUAAGCAGCGCAUCGCAUCGCAUCGACAAUCGCUGAUGUCUAGACGAGUGUUAUUUAGUCAGUAGCUGAGUAGAAACGCCUUUCGACUCCGGACGGGGGCUGCAGUAUUUUAUUUUUUUCUAUGAAAGUAAUGUACAUUUUCGUUGUGCGAAAUUCGAGCGACAAAAUCAUGAGGCUUUAGCUGGGGACAAUGAAUAAGGAUACAUAUGUGGUCGAAUCGUGUCUUAUUUUUUUGUGUACUUUCAUUAUAUGUAAGGUAUCAAGAGUUUUCUUUAAAGUAGCAGUUAAGUUUGAGCGAAAUAGUUUAAAUUAUUGUACGAGCGAGAAACAGAAAAUGUUAUAAUAUGAAUU